AAAUAUGUCUGCGUCAAAUUCCCCCCGGGUGCCUUUCCUUUUGCCCAAAACGUCUGGGGGAAAAGAAUGAAGCGCCAGGUCAAACCAGCGGAGGCCGAUGACCUGGUUGCUUGGGAAGCCACUCUCCGGGCCGGGGAUGCCUCCACCCGCGGUCUGUACCAUGUUGGGAAGUGGAGCGUCUACCCCGGCCGGGAGACCAACCCCGAACCGGAGAUUGUUCUGCCCGGGGUGAUCCCCGAAGCCAUCCCCAUCCGUCGGGCGAGGGGAUCCAAAGCCCCGGCCACUACCAAUGCCGGUCCUUCAUGCCCGGCGAAGAAGAAGGAGGAGGAAGUGGUGAAGUUUCAAUCCAAGUUCGCCGUCCCCCAAAUCGUGGUUGAGGAGCCCUCCUCCGCUCAGCCACUCACUCCUCCAUCCAACCAACCACUCUUGAUGGAUGAUCUGCCGGCCCAGUCUCACCAAGGGACCAGCCAGCCGAUUCACUCGGGGGAGAUCUACUUCAACGUAGACACCUUUGAGUUCGACAAUCUGAUGGGUGAGACUGGGCAUACGUCCCAGGCGGGGGUGGGAGACCGGCCCAAUGAGGAAAGGGACGCCAAGGAGGAGACUUCUGGGGGGUCCCUUCAACGGAAGAAGCGGAAGACUAAGGAAGUCGGCCGGAUCGGGGAGGAGUACUUCGCCCGGCUGGUGAAGUCAAUGGAUGAGGAGAAGGCCCGGAUGGAGGCCAUGAUGGUCGAAUGCCGGAAGGAAGCCCAGGCUGCCCGGGCCAAGGCAGAGAAGAUAGAGGCCAAAUGGACAGAGCACUGUGCGGUUUACCGCCAGCUCUAUGCCAAGCACGAUGGUCUCCUCAAGGCUGCGAAAGAGGCCGAUGAGCAGGCCCAGGCCAAGAUCAAUC